AAUCAUUUUUCAACGUCGCAGCAGAUGAUCACAACUCACAACUUUUUACCAUUGUCGAUUGUCAUUUCGCCAAGAGAAAUAUGGCACAGUUAAUUCAUUCGAAUUUAGAGAGUAUGCUUUGAUUUGAAUAUUUUGUCGCGAAAAAAUGUAUUGUUAGACAUUUCUUUUGAAUUAUUUUACAAACUGUACAUGGAAAACAACACUGCUUAUUACGAAAUCAAAACAACCGACUUCUCUGUAAAUCGCCUGCCGAUCGAUUCAAAAUGAUUUUUAAUUAUCAGAAGCUACUGUCAUCACUGCUGAGAAAUAUAAAUAUUCAGCCCAAAAGACCACUACGGUUUUACUACUUGACUGUCGUAUGGAACAGUGUUGAUGAAGACAGGAUAAAAGAGCUUGGUCCUGACAAAGCUUGUGCGGAGUGGUUACUAAGGAACGGAGCUUCAGUCAGAUGGAAAGGUGCCACUGAUUUCCUUGAUGACUACAAUGUUCUGCAAGUCUCAGGAACCAGCCAAUCAAUCCAGGCAGUAUACGCAGAAGAUGCUUCCAUACAUCAUAUUGGAUUUCCUCAUUUUUCCGGGUGUCGACACAUUGAUGAGAUAAAGCUGAUAAAAUGCGGUUACAUAGAAAACCCGGCUCUACGUCGUUUGGACAUACUGAAAGACUCGCUGAAACAUCUCGAGAUUAUCGACUGUGCCGAUUUAACGGACGAGGGGCUUAAAAGUUUGAAAAAUCUCACGAAUCUGAGAAUACUAAAACUUCGAGGAAUGCCGUACGUGAAGGAUAAAAGUGGCGUCGAGAAAGAGCUGUCCGAGGCAUUACCAAAUUGUACAAUCGAGUGGAAAUAGACAAAGAUUCAACGUUUUUGUGUCUGUCUAUUUGAGCUUUCCGACUGGACUAAUAAACGCUUUCAAAGCCGGAGGAUAAAUUUACCUUCAGCCGUAUUUGCAGUUGCCCGAGAGACCAAUGAUUUAUAACUUUUCACAAAUAAUUACAUAUAAAAAUAAAGAGUCGUCGAGAGUUUGUCAGUGAUUGAUGAAA